AUGCCUAUGCAACUCGACGGAAGCUGCCAGUGUGGCGGCGUCGAAUUCACUCUCCAAUCCCAAACUCCAGUACCGUACCAGCUCUGUGCAUGCAGUAUCUGCCGCAAAGUGGGCGGCUAUGUGGGAAGCGUGAACCUCGGUGGCAUCGCCGACAGCCUGCAGAUCCACAAGGGCAAAAAGCUGAUCAAAAAGUACAAUGCUAUCAAAAACCGCGGGACCUCUGAUGAAGAAGUCUGCUCAUCCGAGCGGAACUUCUGCUCCAACUGCAGCUCUAUGCUUUGGCUGUGGGACCACCACUGGCCUGAACUGAUUCACCCAUUUGCCUCCGCGAUCGAUACUGAGCUUCCUGUUCCUGAUGAGAUGGUUUGCAUCAUGAACGGCUCAAAGCCGGCGUGGGCACGAUGGCCGGAGGGAAAGAAGAGUGUGCAUGAGUCUUAUGGAAAUAGUAGUCUCGAAGGGUGGCACAAGGAGCAUGGUUUGUUUGUGGAGUGA